GAGGAGAGUUAAUAUUGCCCAUUAUCACGGAGGACUCCUUAGACCCCCCUCCCGUGGCCACCCGCUCCCCCUUCGUGCCCCCGCCCCCCACCUUCUACCCCUUCCUCACGGGCGUGGGCGCCACCCAGGACACCCUGCCCCCGCCCGCGGCGCGCCGCCCGGCCGCCGGGGGCCCGUGCCAGGCCGAGCGGGACGACAGCGACUGUGAGGAGCCCCUGGAGGCCUCGGGCUUUGCCUCCGGGGAGGUCUUUGACUCCAGCCUCCCCCCCACGGACGACGAGGACUUUUACACCACCUUCCCCCUGGUCACGGACCGCACCACCCUGCUGUCGCCCCGCAAGCCCGCUCCCCGGCCCAACCUCAGGACAGAUGGGGCCACGGGCGCCCCCGGGGUGCUGCUCGCGCCCUCCGCCCUGGCCCCCAACCUGCCGGCGGGCAAAAUGAACCACCGAGACCCGCUGCAGCCCUUGCUGGAGAACCCGCCCCUGGGGCCCGGGGCCCCCACGUCCUUCGAGCCGCGGAGGCCCCCGCCCCUGCGCCCCGGCGUGACCUCGGCCCCGGGCUUCCCCCAUCUCCCCACAGCCAACCCCACGGGGCCCGGGGAGCGCGGGCCGCCGGGCGCGGUGGAGGUGAUCCGGGAGUCGAGCAGCACCACGGGCAUGGUGGUGGGCAUCGUGGCGGCGGCGGCGCUGUGCAUCCUCAUCCUGCUGUACGCCAUGUACAAGUACCGCAACCGCGACGAGGGCUCCUACCAGGUGGACCAGAGCCGGAACUACAUCAGUAACUCGGCCCAGAGCAAUGGCGCCGUGGUGAAGGAGAAGGCCCCGGCCGCCCCCAAGACGCCCAGCAAGGCCAAGAAGAACAAAGACAAGGAGUAUUACGUCUGA